ACGUGAAUUUGAUCAAUUCUUUAAUUUAAUCAAAAAUUUACAUAAAACUUUUAAGAAUACUAUGAAAAUUAUACGAGAUUAUUCGGUCUUAAUUGUUGGAUCACCUAAAUUUACAAAUGAUCAGGAAAAAUUAUCAAUGAUUGUACAACAUUUGGAAAAAUCAACAGCAAUUAUUUUACGUGAAGUAAUCGUAACAUUAAAUCAAUGUACAUCAAACAUUGUGAAAGCUGUUUCCGUGAAUAUUCCAUACUUUUUUGAAUCACUGUCCAACAUACAACCACAUGAAGAAAAUGACUUAGAUAAAUUAUAUUUAAUGUUCCUUCUAACCCAAUCGGAAUGUUUACGUGUACUGGGUUUAUGCUAUUGUGUACAAUUUUGGCAAACGAACACACAUGCACAAGUGAAGUACAUGCACAAAUAUAUAUUACCAAAGACGAGCAAACAAAUCAAUGAAGCAUACUUAAAAGCAAUACAUUCGUUUAAAUUAUUCCGUAGUAUUGAGCACAAAAAACGGCCAUUCUUAAAUGCAAACAAAGUACAAAGGCCUCAACAUGACAUCUACAUUAAUGUUUAUCAAAUGACAUUGCAAUUACAUUCAUCGUUGAAUAAAUCAUGGGAUGUGAUUGCACAAUUGGAGACAGAGCUGGAUGAAGAACAGUGUAAAGAAAUCGAUAAAACUUUCGAUUCAUUAAUAACCGAAUUCAAGUCGUUAGAAGAAUAUUUAUCAAUAUGUCGAAUACAAUUAACAAAAAUUCAAAAUAAUUUCCACAAAAAGGAAACAAGCAGUAUAUUACCAUCAACAAGUGCAUCGAUCCAAGAAAAUUUAAAUGACACUAAAGUGAUCGAUUUAUCAAAAGAAGAGAAUAAACCAAUUGAUCAAAUAUUCGAAUUAUAUGUUCGAAAAGAUGACGAAGCUGCUGAUAUUGAAACGGUACCAUACGAUGAACCACUUAACAAAGAUGAGAAAAAGGCAACAAAACUUGUACUCAAAGAAUUGGAGAAAGUUUUGGUAUUUAAACGCGAAGAAUGGGAACAACGUGAAGCAAAAAUACGUGAAUUACAAUCUCAACAAAAUGGCGGUGGAUAUGAUCCAACAAAUUCUGAAUUAUCAUGUGAAGAGAUUCGUAAAACAAGUGCAUUCCGUCAUAAAAUGAAAAAAUCUGAUAAUCGACAAUCAGAAUCAUCGAGUUCGGAGGAUGUUGAACAUAGGAAUCAUGAUCAAAAUUCAUCAUAUUUUGGUCCACGUAGUACGGUACAUAUUUUGCCACAUCCACGACGAAUAUCAAAGUAUAAAAAUGUUCGAGAUAAGGUUAACAAACAGAAGAUCAAUAAAUUAGCGCCAUUGCAGCGGGAAUCAAAUGAGUCAAAUGAUGACAGUGAUAUUAAUAUACCACAGCAUCCAAUUGGAUUAGGUCAGUUUAUUUUACCACCUAUUCCAUCAACGUUUCGGCAAGAUGAAGAAUCUCUGUCAGCUGUGGGCGAACUUUCCGAUUCGGAUUCAGAAAGGAAAUAAACUUUUUAUUUUUAUUGACUUAUGUUGUCAUAUUUUCUCUCUUAAAUUGUCAUUUUUAAUAUGUUGUUUUGAUUCAAUUGAAGUGAACAGCGUCCCGAAAAUGUUCUAAAAAACUAGAAACUAACAUUGUCCGAAAUUU